CACGAAAACCUGGCGGCGGCUAUCUCCCGAUCCCCUUUCCCUCUACCUGUAGAACCCUAGAUACCGUAUUCAUCUUGUAAUCGAGGGCCUCUAAGUGUAAGAUCGACCCGAGACCAUAACAAUUGGUAUUCAGAGCCUUCCCCUCCAUCAAAUCCGCUUCACACACCGUGGCUGGCUGGUUUCCCUCGAUCAUUCAGACGAGGCACGGCAAGGCAACCGCUAUGGAGGAGCAGGUCAAGGCCAUGACGGAGCUGACAGCGGCCGUGGUGCCGAUGGAUGCCAAAAUCGACGAGAUCCACCCCGCGAUGCUCAAUCUCGAAGGAUGGAAGCCGGUGAUUGAGUGAACUGUCGAUAAUCUCCAGGCGAAGGUGGGCGAUGCUGCGGGACAAGGGGACGAGCGCGGAGGGCGCUGCCCCGAGCCCACCCCUUCCGCAAACCCAACAGCAGAAGCAACCGCCACCACCGAUCCGGUUGCUCAAUCUUCCAUUGAUCGUGCCGCACACCGUGGACGUGAACCUCGCACGGCCACCGAAGGUCUUGCGGGUGCACGGUGGCUACGGCCACGGGCCAAUCGGCCAUGACAGGACUUCAGAUCACCAGGGGAUGUCACCGGGGCAUCAAUCCCCGAGGGCGCCUCUGGUCAUGGAGGAGGAGGUGAUGGAGGCCAUGAGAAAGGAGGACAAGCCGGAGGAUCACCAGUACUCGUCGACCAUGUCGACAUGCAUGACACUGCAGACGAAUCUUCCGUUUCCUCUGCCUCCAACGCCGGCGCCGGCAAAGCCAGCUGCACCUCUCGUGGCGCGCAACACGGAUCGCCGAGCGAUGGAGGGAGCCCAUGCUCCACCACAAGAGGACAGAAUCGCGAUGCUCCGGGCCUACUGCACAGUGUGCGGCCUCUGCUUCACCUGCGGCGAGCGGCGGGGGUGUGAUAAUCGCUGCGGCCCUACCGUCCAACUUCAUGUCGCGGAGGAGCUGAUCGACAUGAUGCGCGGGGAACCAACUCCAACGGAUAAACAUGUUUGGUUGCCCGCGCUGCACCUGCAUGGCAUUCGAGAUGCAAUUUUCAGCUUGUUUGGUAAACCGUAUGGCCAUCUGGGCCUGGCCCAACUGAUGCAAAAAGUACCCUCUCAGCCAGGCUGAGAGCUACGCCGGAUUCGGCUGUUC